AUGGUUAGGAGGAACAUAGAGAUACGGGAUAUGCGGCAACGACAAACUCAAACUGAGGCAAUAGUUUGUCAUAUGCAAGCAUUUGCAGCGACGUUCUUUCUGGUUUCACAAAUGGUUAAACUGCAUCGUUUGGAGUCCCAAAGACGCAGUGAUUAUUAUGAUUAUGGGCAAAUUGCAUACCGAAAUAAUGUCAAUCCAAAUGCUAACUUGAAUCCAAAUCUAAUGUCAUUGUCCCGAUUGUUGUCACUGAAUGUACUUGCGAAAGCAACUGAAGGUCUUCUGCAGGAGUCAAAGUCGACGAAGAGCACUGACUAUAAACCUCAACUCAAGGCAACAACGCAAGCGCCGAACUCCAUCCUCUCCGAUCAUGUUCGGCAACAUGCCGACUCCAUUCCUCCUCCGCCUUCUCCACCUCCGGUGGGCAGAGCUACUCUAAUAUCACUAGCGAUACCGUCCUCACAGCCGGUGGCUCACGCCAAUCCUGGACUAUGUUUGCAACCUUGCAACCCCAACACCGGCGACUUCGCCUUUGGCUUCUUCCCCGCCGACUCCAACCGUUUCCUCCUCGCCGUCUGGUUCAAUUCUACGUCGCCCAAGUCGGUCGUCUGGUCCGCCAAUCGCAACGCUCUGCUUGCAUCGGGCGCCACCGUGAACCUCACUGCCGACGGCCGCAUCUCCCUCCGCGAUGAGAACGGCACCGAGACGUGGACGACCCCUGGCGGCACCAACGCUGUCGCCGCCUCCGUGCUUGACACUGGAAACCUCGUCCUCGCCGACGCCACCGGCGGCAUCCUGUGGCAGAGCUUCGAGCACCCCACUGACACGUUGCUCCCCGGCCAGGUCCUACCGGCGAACUCCUCUCUGCGCUCCCAGAUCACCGUCACCGACUUCUCCGAGGGCCGGUUCAGUCUCGUGGCCCAGAACGAUGGCAAGCUCGUGCUCUGCCCUUUGGCGCUUCCCAUCGGGAACCAGUACCCCGCCUACUGGUCCGUUAACAUCUCUGGCGCCGGCAACGAGCUUGUCUACAACGCCAACGGGAGCAUCUACUACAGCCUAGGAAACGGCGCCACCGUGCCUAUAAUCCCGGGACUCAAUUACCCCCCACAGAGCGUCUAUCAACUCGCGAGGCUCGACCCCGACGGCGUCUUCCGGCAGUACGUUUACCCAAAAAACAACUCCACAUGGAACGUGACCGCGAGAGUCCCUGAAGAUAUCUGCAGGACCCUUGUAGCCGACAACGCCGGCAGCGGUGUCUGCGGCUACAACAGCUAUUGCUCGUCGGGCGAUGGGCAAAGCCAGAUCAACUGCACGUGCCUUCCGCAAUACAGCUUCAUCGAUCCGGAUUACGAGUACAAGGGCUGCAAGCCAAAUUUUACGCAGACUUGCGAUCGCUAUGAUCCCAACUCCUUCAUGAUGCAUCCGGUGGACGACCUCGACUCGUGGUACUUCGAUUACGAGUACUACGGCAACGUCGAUGAAGGCCGGUGUCGCGAUCUCUGCUUGGGGGAUUGUUUUUGUGCAUUGGCAGUAUAUUGGGAUGGCGAUGGCAACAGCUCAAGUGGGUGUUUUAAGAAGAAGCUGCCGCUGACUUAUGGCCAUUCGGGGAGCUACGUCAACCGUCUGGCGCUCAUCAAAGUCCCAAAUAACAACUCUGUUUUAGCUCCAUUUGAAAGGGUCCUUGAGCGGCAGAGACCGAUGAGUGUAGUGGGAAGGUUUCUUCUGGGGAGCUCCGGCUCUCUCAACCUGAUCCUAAUCGGAUCGCUCAUCGCGGUCCUCGCUUGGCAUCGGAGAAACAGAGCCCAGUACAGUGUCGGGAAACAAAGGAGCUUGGAGGAGCUAAAUUUGCGAGCUUUCUCCUACAAGGAGCUCGAGCAGGCAACGAAAGAAUUCAAAGAAGAGCUCGGCAGAGGCUCCUUUGGCGUCGUAUAUAAAGGGGAAUUGCUGUCGUCGAGCGGGAGUGCGAUGCUCAUCGCCGUGAAGAGAUUGGACAGGCUGCGGAAUGUGAUCGACGACGACGGCGAUAAAGAGUUCACCAAUGAGGUGAGAUCGAUCGGGAAGACGUACCAUAAGAACUUGGUGAGGCUGAUCGGCUACUGCCACGAGGAAUCGCAGCGACUGCUAGUAUACGAGUACAUGAGCAGAGGGUCGUUGCAGGGGUUCCUCUUCGGCGGCGAGCGGCCGCCGUGGGAGCAGAGGGCUUCGAUUGCGAUCGGGAUCGCAAGGGGGCUCAUGUACCUCCACGAGGAAUGCAGCGCCCCGAUCAUCCACUGCGACAUCAAGCCACAGAACGUUCUCCUCGACGACAACCUCACUGCCAGGAUCUCCGACUUCGGCCUCGCGAAGCUGCUCCGGACGGACCAGACGCGGACCAACACGGGGAUACGGGGAACGAAGGGGUACGUGGCGCCGGAGUGGUUCAAGAGCGUAGCGAUAACGAAGAAGGUGGACGUGUACAGCUUCGGCGUGAUGUUGCUGGAGAUCGUGAGUUGCCGGAAGAAUCUGGAGAUGGAGAAGGAGGAGCUGGGGGAGGCGAUUUUGGUGGAUUGGGCCUACGAUUGCUACAAAGAUGGGAAGCUGGAACUGCUGCUGAGGGACGACGAGGAUGAUAUGGAGGAUAGGCAGAGGGCAGAGAGGUUCGCGACGGUGGCGCUCUGGUGCAUUCAGGAGGAUCCAGCCUUGAGGCCGUCGAUCUCGGCAGUCGUGCAAAUGCUGGAUGGAGCGAUUCCGGUAGCGGUGCCGCCGGAUCCUUCCACCGCCGUCAGCUCUCGGCAGUAAUCAGUAACUAAUAACUAAUAUUGGAUGAAUAAUUGGAGCGAGAGUCAGCAUUAUAUAUCUAGAUUUUAUUUUUUUAGUGAAAUUAUGCUCUUCCAUCUUCACUCUUUUUCAGAGAAAAGCAAUUAUAUUGUCAUAUAAAACCAAAUCUUCAUCACAAUAAUUAGUAUUAAUUAUUCAAGAAAAUAUUUUGUUUUGAGAUAAUGAUAACUACGUGAAUUGAAUUCUUAACUGACAGUUUAUGAAAGC